UUAAUUGACAUUAAAAUAUCUGGUAAAUGUUUAUUAUAUUUACCAUCAAAUACAAUAAAAGAAAUUAUUAUAAAAAGAUGUGAUUAUGUUUGUGAUGAUGAUGUUGCAAAGAAAAAACUACAAAAGCUAUUGGCAAAUAUUCUACAAAUUUAGAAACAUUGGAAAUUAUUGGUAAAUCUAGUAUAUUGCAAUUCAAUGGUAUAUCACAUAUAAUUACAUUAAGUAAUCUUAAAAAUUUGAAAGUAAGUGCAAAUUGGUUUAUUUGCAACUCUACUCUUUGUAAAUUAAGUUCACAUUGUCAACAACUGAUUUACUUAGAUCUUAGUGGUAAGUUUGAUCAUAUAAAUUCUAAGUUUCAAAAUUUAUAUAAAUUUUAAUAUCAUCUUCAGAUGUUCCAGGUCAUUUUAUUACAGAUCAUACUUUAGCAGCUAUAGAAAAAUUUACAAAAUUAGAAAUAUUAAUAACACGUGAUUUAUAUCAAGUAACCAGCAAUGGUUUAUUACAUUUAUAUAAUUUAAAACAGCUAAUAUGUCAAGAAUGUAGUUUUUUUGAUAUAACAAUAUCUAAAUUUAUUCAACAUUCCUCUCAACUGAAAAUAUUAGAUUUAUCUGGAUGUCGUAACAUAACAAAUGUUACAUUAAGAAGAGCAGUAACAGCUACUAAUUACAGAACUAAUAAUAUUAUUUUGAAUUUAUUUAUUGGUGGAACUGCAGUUAAUCUUGAAACAUUCAAGGAAGUAUCACCAUUUUUACAAAUAUAUAAUACAGAUUCACGUUACAAAGAAAUAUUUCCAUUUCAUCCAGAUUCCAUAUUAAUAUAAAUUUUUUAUAAAUGUAUUUUUUUAAAUAUUUAUUAAUUGUAUUAUAAAAUAUAUAUUAUAUUAUCAUGAGGAGAUAUAAAAUAAAUCUAAUAUUCAUUGCAUUUUUUGGUCUCAAAAUUCAAAAACUUCGGAGAUACUAAGAACAAAUAGAAAAAAAAAUAAAAAUAGGCUAAAAAUUGAAAAAUCAGCGCCAUUUCUAGAGAAUGUUAUAAAUGAAACUAUAUAAACUAUAUAUAUAAACUAUGAUAUAAACAAAAAGAGAAAUAAUAGAAAAAAAAAUAAAAUAAGAAUUAAAAAUUAAUACCAAUCUCUUGAAUACUUCUGAAAAAUAAUUCCAAAAAUAUAUUUUUGAUAUAAAAGAUGGCGCUAGCAAUUAAUUCUUACUUUAUCUUUCUCUAUUCUAUAUUCUUUUUUUCCGAGUUUCGUUUAUAGUACUAUAUAUAUAUAUUUGCUCUCUUUGUUCUAUAAAAUUGAUAUAUUCAAAAUAGUUCUUAUAUCUAAGAAACUUUUUUAUAAUAUACAUAUAUAUAUAUAUAUAAUAAUUUAUUAUAAUAUAAUUUAUCAUAUAUUUCUUAACCUAUGAUUAAAAAUCAUAAAAGAUCAUUCAAUUCAAUUUUUAUGUUUUUUUAAUGAAUAUUAAUUGAGACUAUAUUAUGAAAGUUAAGUAAAUUCAUGUAAACAAUUUUAUGUAAUUUUCAUUUUAUAUUAUAUAGUAUGUAAUAUAUUUUUAUUUAAAAAAUUAUGAUUCAAAAAUGGCUAACAAAAAAGAAGUUUUUAAAAAAAAAAAGAUUCAAGAUCAUAUAUUAAGUGAUAAAUUAUUAAAUGAAACUUCAGAAGAAGUGAAUAAAGAAAAUGAAAAUGUAUUAAUACAAAAUAUUGAUCUAAAAAAUAAUACUCAAUAUUCAAUAAGCGUACGUAAAAUAGAAGAUUUAUGUAAGACUCCAAAAAAAAAUGUUGCAUUAAGAGAUUCAGAAGAAGUAAAUAACAUUAAAAUAGAAAAUAUAAAUUGCUCUCAAAGUUAUAAUUUUAAUUUAGACCCAUAUUCAGAAGAAUUAGUUUCAAACAAUAUUAAUUUUUUACCAGAAACAUUAGCAACAUGUAAAAGUGAAUAUUUAUAUAAUGAGAAUAUAUCUAAUAAAGAAAUAAAAAAAAAAUCUAGCAAUGAUUAUAAUCAAUUAUCUAAUGUGAUUAAAUCUGAAUUAUGUUAUAAUGAAGUGAAUGAUAUGGAAGCUAUUGACAUGUUGCAUGAUUUUAAUUCCAUAAUGGAUUUUGAAGAAAAUAAAAUAAAUACAGAAUUUUUUUGUUCAACAAUGAAUAAUCCUACACAAAUUGAACAAACUAUAGAAACAUCCCAAGAUCCAGAAUUUGAUCCUCUUUUUAUUGCAAAUAAUGAAAAUUUUAAUGCAACUCCAGAAAAUAUAACAAGCCAAAAAAUGAAACGCAAAUGUACUGUACUUAGCCCAAAAAUACGAAAAAAAAAAUGUCCCAAUAAUAUAAAAAAAGAGACUGAUAUGGAGAAUGAUUUUAUAAAUAAUAUUUUAGGAGAACUAGACAUUGAAUUAUCAUUAGAAAAAGAGGAAAAUAUUGAUGAAUCAGAUGAAUUUUCUGAGGAUGCAUUAAAGAGACUAUAUAAUUUAGAAGUAAAAUUAAUGCAUGAAGUACCAGCUCAACAUAAAAUUGAGCAUACAGCAGGUACAAAACCAUUAACAAAAAAAGAGAAAAAACUAUUUUUAGAACAUGGACCAUUAAAAAGUGGUGUAUUUACACCUAAUGAAGAUAAAAUUAUUAAAGAUAAUUGGAAAGCAUUUUGUAAUACUCAUAACUGGAAUUCUGAAGAUGUAAAACCAUUUCUUCAAAUGAAAAAUAAAAAUAAAUUUUAUAUAAGAACCAUGGAAGAAAGACAAAAAUUUUCUCAAUUUUUAGCAAAUGGAUUACCAUGGAGAUCACUGUAUAGUGUUUAUCAUAGAUUUAAAUACUUAUAUAAAAACCAAACAAAAACUUUUCAAAGGUAUACAUUAACUGAAGAUAAAAAAAUUUUGUCUUGUAUGGAGAAUAAACAAAAUGAAAAAAAACCACAUAAAAAUUUACUAAAAUUGAGUAAAAUAUUAAAUCGUUCACAACAUUCAAUUUGGUUACGUUAUAAAUUGCUUACAGAACAGAUGAAAAAUAAUAAAAAAUCAACAUCUGAAGUAAAAUGGACAUUACCAUUAAUUGGCAAAUUUAUAAAAACUUUUAUGCAUGUGACAUUAUGUGAAACAGUGGAAGAUUUAAAAGAUGCUAUUAUUCCAAAACCUGUUUGGCAAAAAUUAGAAGAAAAAUUAAAUAUAAAUUAUGAAAUACUAAAAAAAUUUUGGAUAUAUCAAUUACAUAUGCAAUUAUUUUGUCCAGAACCUAUUUAUUUAAAUGACAUAAAAAUAAAAUUAAUUGAAUACAUAUAUGGAAAAGGAAUUUCAGACACUCGAGAAAUUGUCUGGUCAAAUGUUGCAAAAUAUUUUGAUGGAAUUACUACUAUCUUUUUAUGUAGAACAUUUCUUUAUCUAGUCCAAAAUGUUUCCAUACAAAUAGGUACAAAAUACUUUCCUGACAUUGUGCAUUAUUUAUAUCAUGAAAAAAUACAAAAUAUAAGAAACGAAUCAAUGGAUAAAUUUCUUCCUAGACUAUCCUAUAAAAAUGGUAAAGUUAAAAUUAUAAAUGAAGAUUUGAAUGAAGAUAUCAAUAUAUAAUAAAUGAAUAUUGCAUAAAGAUAUUUUCAAUAUUAUAAUUUAUGAAUUUAAAAAAAAAAAUUUUUUAUAAUAUUUACAUUUAUUUUUAAAAUGGAAUUAAAAGGCAUUGUAAUUUAUUGAAUAAUGUUUAUAUAAUACAUGCAUUCCAAUAUUUUUCUUAUGCAAUUCAAAAAAAUUCAGAAUUAAACUUUAUUCUUUUUUGAUUCCUUUUCUAAUGCUUUUUCCUUUGCUCUUUGAUAUAAAGGUACUAAUUUUCCUUCUUUUGCAAGCAUUUUGAGUAAUUCCAUUAUUAAUGGUAAAUAAUUAUGCUUUCUUCUGAUAUUUUCAAUCUGGUAUCUUUUAGAUUUUCGAAUUUCUUUCUCUAUCAAUGUUUGUAAACGUUCUAAUUCUGUUGGAUCACAGACAUUUGCUAUUUGUCGUUCAUAAACUGUUUUUCUAUCUGUUACUAUUGCCAUUAAAUUAAAAUGUAUUUCUCCUUCAUUAUACCUAUAAUUGUAAAUUAUAUAAUUGUUAUAUGAAAUAAAUGAUUGUAUAAAUUAUAUUAUAUAAUAUAAAAUAUUUACUUAUUUA